AUGGAUUUGACCCAAGUCACUGUGCAGCCUGAGAAUGUAUCCAGCGACAGCAACAGUACGGACGAACCAGUUGCUUUUCCGCACACGGAGAUGGUGGCUGCGCUCAUCAUCCUGGUGGUCACCGCGAUCAUACUGCUCACCAUCGUGGGCAACGUCCUGGUGAUUGUGGCGGUGCUGACAAGCAGGGCUCUCCGCGCACCACAGAAUCUCUUCCUUGUGUCUUUGGCGUCAGCGGACAUUCUGGUGGCCACACUGGUCAUCCCCUUUUCUCUGGCCAACGAGGUCAUGGGCUACUGGUACUUUGGAAGCACCUGGUGCGCGUUUUACCUGGCGCUGGACGUGCUGUUUUGCACCUCAUCCAUUGUGCAUCUUUGCGCCAUUAGUUUGGAUCGCUAUUGGUCUGUCACAAAGGCGGUCAGUUACAACUUGAAGCGCACUCCAAAGCGCAUCAAAACCAUGAUCGCGGUGGUCUGGGUUAUCUCUGCGGUCAUAUCAUUCCCUCCGCUGCUCAUGACCAAACACGAUGAGCGCGAGUGCCUGCUGAAUGAUGAGACUUGGUACAUCCUCUCCUCAUGCCUCGUGUCCUUCUUCGCCCCUGGGCUCAUUAUGAUUCUAGUUUACUGUAAAAUAUACAAAGUGGCAAAGCAACGUUCCUCCACUGUGUUUGUGGCUAAAAACGGCCUGGAGCGACAGCCUUCUCAGUCAGAGACAUGUUUUGUUACAAAUAAAGACCGCUUUGAGACUGAAAGUCCCAGCAGCCAAAGCUCCGGGAGCCAUCAGCAGAGGCGCGGGGAGCUGGAUGACAUAGACCUGGAAGAGAGCUGCUCUCAGACGGAUACUAAACCGCGCAGCAACCGCUUCACUAAACGGAGAAAAGUGGAGGGCUCAAACUGCUGCCCUCCACAAAACUGUCGCCUGUCGUGGGCGUCAUCCCGGGCCUUACAGACGCAAACUGAGCAGAAGAAGCUCCCAGGCACCCGGCAGCAACAGGCCGCUGUGAACAAGACCAAAGUGGCCCAAAUGCGGGAGAAACGCUUCACUUUUGUCCUCGCUGUGGUCAUGGGGGUCUUCGUUUUGUGCUGGUUCCCGUUUUUCUUCACUUACAGCCUGCAUGCAGUCUGCAGAGAGAGCUGCUACAUACCUGGCGCACUUUUCAACCUUUUCUUUUGGAUUGGCUACUGCAACAGUUCUGUGAACCCUAUCAUAUACACCAUUUUCAACAGGGAUUUCAGGAAAGCCUUCAAGAAAAUCAUCUGCAGAACUAAACGCUCAUGA